AUGCCAGACUUGCUUUACGCAGAUCACAUGGGGUAUGACCAGGCAAAGCUUGUGUGUGAAAAGCUGCUGGAACAAGCUGCAUCAGACUUAGCGGGUGGAGUGGAACUCACGUGCGCGAGAGUUGGUCAAAUCAGUGGCAGCACUAAGACCGGAAUCUGGAAUGAGACUGAACAUUUCCCUGCUCUGCUGAAAGGUUCGCAGAUGAUCGGCAAGCUGCCUAAGGUCGAUGGCGUAAGUGAGCGAUUGCUUUCUCGAACAAAUGGGUGCUGACGUGAUACCACAGAUGUUCUCUUGGAUCUCAGCAGAUAUUGCGGCAGAAGCCAUCUGCGACAUCGCCCUGCAAGAGCCACCUCCGAGACUGGUAUACCAAAUCGAGAACCCAAACCGCCAAUCCUGGCGGGAGACAAUCGAGCUUUUUGCAAAAGAGCUCCAACUGUGUGAAGUCGUCCCGCCUGAGAAAUGGGUUUCAGUAAUCCGCAAGGACGAUGAGGAGCGUGAAGCUACUCUCGAUCUUCGAGAAUGA